CGGGGUCGCAGGGACCAGAGCCCGAGAGGCGGGACCGGAGCUGGGGGCGGAGCUUCGGGACUAGCGGGGCGGCGCACCGGGACCCCCGGGGACGGAGACGCGCGCCCCUCUCCAAUCCCACGUCGCCUCGCAGCGUCCCGGCGGGGAGGAGCCGGCCACCCGGAGUCACUCGGCGUCGCCAAAGUUUGAUUCUCCUCCCCGGGAGGAGUCUCCGGGCCGCGGUCCCUCCGGGCACCGGGCGCCACCCGUCUCCCAGGCCGGGACCCACGUCUCCAUCGCUCGGUGUCGGAGCCGCAAGUCGGGAGGCGCCGCGGGCCUGCGCACGCGCCGCCGCCCUCGCCAUCCUCCCCGCGGUGCUUCAGCCCCCCCCCCCCGCCCCCCAAGUUCACGAGUUACGCGAGUGGACCGGCGGCGCGGGACCCGCGCGGGGCCAUGGAGGAGCCGCUAGGGUCGCCGCCCGCCGCCCUGUCGGCGCUGGAGAAGAACGUGGCGGAACUGACCGUCAUGGAUGUGUACGACAUCGCGUCGCUCGUGGGCCACGAGUUCGAGAGGGUCAUCGACCAGCACGGCUGCGAGUCCAUCGCGCGCCUCAUGCCCAAGGUCGUGAGGGUCCUGGAGAUCCUCGAGGUGCUGGUGAGCCGGCACCACGUCGCUCCCGAGCUGGACGAACUGCGCCUGGAGCUGGACCGGCUGCGCGUGGAGAGGAUGGACCGCAUUGAGAAGGAGCGCAAGCAUCAGAAGGAGCUGGAGCUGGUGGAGGAUGUGUGGCGGGGCGAGGCGCAGGACCUCCUGUCUCAGAUUGCCCAGCUGCAAGAGGAGAAUAAGCAACUGUUGACCAACCUCAACCACAAGGACGUGGGCUUCUCUGAGGAGGAGUUCCAGAAGCAGGAAGGCAUGUCAGAGCGGGAGCGGCAGGUGAUGAAGAGGCUGAAGGAAGUGGUGGACAAGCAGAGGGACGAGAUCCGAGCCAAAGACAGGGAGCUUGGCCUGAAGAAUGAGGACGUUGAGGCUCUGCAGCAGCAGCAGACGAGGCUAAUGAAGAUCAACCAUGACCUUCGGCACCGGGUCACGGUGGUGGAGGCCCAGGGGAAGGCCUUGAUUGAGCAGAAGGUGGAGCUUGAGGCAGAUCUGCAGACCAAGGAGCAGGAGAUGGGCAGCCUUCGGGCAGAACUCGGGAAGCUGAGGGAGAGGCUGCAGGGCGAGCACAGCCAGAACGGGGAGGAGGAGGCCGAGAUACAGCUGCAGGCAGAUGGAGAGGAAUGCAUUUCAGACUCAGAGAAGGCUGCCCUGGACCUCAAGGACCCCAACCGCCCUCGGUUCACGCUACAGGAGCUGCGGGACGUGCUGCAUGAGAGGAAUGAGCUUAAGUCUAAGGUGUUCCUGCUGCAAGAGGAGCUGGCCUACUAUAAGAGCGAAGAAAUAGAAGAGGAGAAUCGAAUACCCCAGCCUCCGCCCAUCAUACACCCAAGAACAUCCCCCCAGCCGGAGUCCGGGAUCAAGCGACUGUUUAGCUUUUUCUCCCGGGACAAGAAGCGCCUGGCCAACACGCAGAGACCCACGCACAUCCAUGAGUCCUUUGGCCAGUGGGCACACACUCACCGAGAUGACGGGUACACAGAGCAAGGACAGGAAGCCCUGCAGCACCUGUGACUGUGCCUCCUGGACCGCCUGCCGCCUGCUCCGGGUGGCUGCCUCCACAUCGACCCCUCAAACGAACUUUCUGCUUUGAGGAUAGAUGAGGAAGAACUGAUGCCAAAACCUAAAGAAGUGUUCAUUUAUCUGCAGGGCUAUCCGAUUUAUACUCAAUGCCUCUGACCCCUUAGGACCUAUAUUUAAUAAGACAAGCAUCUGAAGCCAGACCUCAUUAAUUUUAGUAACGAGCUUCCUAAGCUGAACACAUCACUUACCACUAUCAUGGCUAUUUGACUCCUAGGUUUAGUUUUUUUGUUUUGUUUUCUUAGGGCCUUUGUCAUGUUAGUGAGAGGCAGUGGAAGGGGCGUUUUAUGUUAUGAAGUGGCCCUGGAGGUAGCAGGUUGUAUGGACUGGACAGGUGGAGCCUCUAGUCGCAGGAUGAGCCACCCAACUUGGAUGGGACACAAGAGCAAAUCAUCACAGUCUCCCCAGCCAUGGGCCACGGGCUGGGAAGAGCCUCGGGAUGGUCACUCCCCGCGCCUGCUAAGGUUAGAGGCCCAAGCAGCCUGUCCGAGGUGGCGUGCCUUGGAAUCUGCUGUGAGCACCACAGUAGUACUAACCAGAGUUGUUUAGGAUGAGACGUGUUUCCUGUGUGUUUUUCCUGUCAUUUUUUCUUUUCAUGUUACCUGUGUGAAAUUCUGGGUCUGUGCAAAGAAGACAGUGCCUUACAGUGGAUUGGGUGCCAGGCUCACGAGCCUGGGUGAUAUGAUGUGGCGGAUGGGUAAAAGGUAUGGGGUGCAGGGGGUGCACACUCCUAGCUGGCUCACAGUUGCCAUGGCCACUGGAGGCUGGCCCCUGUACUUUCUGCUGGUGCACAGAGCACGUGGGUUCCAGGCUCCAGAGAAUAAGAUCAUAGGAUGGAAGGGACCGUGCCCUGUGCAUUGUACUAUUUUUGCUAAGAACUGGGUGAAGCUGAGCAUGGAGGUGCAAGCCUAUAGUCACUGUGGCUUCAGUGUAAGUGACUUCAGAAGAUCCAGCCACUUUCGGAUAGUAAGGAGGUGGAAAAUUCGGUAUUAACUAUUUUUUUUUCUUCUUUUUUAAAAUGUUUUAUUAUUAUUAUGUAUACAGUAUUCUGCCUGCAAGCAUGCCUUCAGGCCAGAAGAGGGCGCCAGAUCUCAUUACAGAUGGUUGUGAGCCACCAUGUGGUUUCUGGGAAUUGAACUCAGGACCUUUAGAAGAGGAGGCAGUGACUAUUUUUUUUUUUUUUUUUUUGAGCUAAGAUCUUGUUAUAUGACCCUAGCUGGCCUCAGACUCUUAACAAUCCUGUGUCUCCCAAGUGCUGGGUUGACAGGUAUGUGCCACCAUGUGAGGUUCUCUCAGCAAUUUUUAUUAUUGAUUUUUUGAGACAGGGUUUCUCUGUGUAGCUUUGGAGGCUGUCCUGGAACUCACUCUGUAGACCUGGCUGGCCUUGAACUCGCAGAAAUCCACCAGCCUCUGCUGGGAUUAAAGGUGUGCGUCUCCACCGUCCAGCAACCUUUAUUACUGUAUGCAUGACGUGUGUGAUAUAGUCCUUAUGUGGAGGUCACAUGACAGCUCUUUGGGUUGAUUCUAUCAACUGUGGGUUCUGGGAAUUCACUUUUUAAAGA